UAUUUAACAUGCUUACAUGCUCCCGAUUUACUAUUCGGAUUUACGGCCUACUGAAUCCUACUUGUUGCCAAACAGCCCGUUAAGGUCCUCGCCGGCGAUGGCUUUUGACGAUCAGGCGACCCCUAACGACGGUGGGAGGAAGGAAACCGCCCCCGAAUUUCUCCCAAAGACGACCUCCGCUUAUGGUGAUCCUCGUUACUGGGAUGAGCGGUUCUUGGCGGAGGAGCACUACGAGUGGCUCAAGGAAUACUCGUAUUUUCAGCACCUCAUCCGUCCCUAUAUUUCCACAAACUAUUCUAUAUUGGAGUUGGGUUGUGGGAAUUCACGGCUCAGCGAAAGGCUGCACGGAGAGGGCGUGAUGGAUAUAACUUGCAUCGAUAUCUCCGCCAUCGCUGUUGAGAGGAUGAGACAACGCUUGAAGGAAAAAGGCUUGCUAGGAAUCCAAGUGGUUGAGGCUGACAUGCAUGACCUUCCGUUUGAGAGUGAGAGCUUUGAUAUUGUUGUAGAGAAAGGAACUAUGGUAAGUGACGGAAUUUUCCUUGUUCAUCUUGUUUGAACUUCUCUGGCAUGAAUUCAUUUGCUUUUUUUUUU